GACUGUAUGGAUUGGGUCUGAAGGUGGGGCUGAUGAACCUUCUUUCUUUCUUCUCAUCAUUUUAUGUGACCACGUAUUGUGUUACAUAACCAAUAUCUGCAAUAAUUAUUAAAAUUCAAAAUCAAUCAUCUGGGUUCUGUGACUGAAUCUUAAUCAGUAAUACAGUGUGCUCAAGUGGUUACUAGUCUUGUGAUUUUUUUUAUUCGUUUUAUGGGUUUAAAAAACAAGCAUGUAAAGUGUGUGAAGUGUCACAUAGGUGUUCACAUCUGGUGAAGGUCAUAGCAUCUGAAUGAAAUCAUUUUCAUCUGCAUCAAACCAGCAAAGAAGUGACAAAUUUAACCAAUACAUUAUAUCCAGUGGUAUUAUUAUUAUUAUUCUUAGCAGUAGUAGUAGUAGUAGUAGUAGUAAUAAUAGUAAUAAUAAUAAGAAUAAUAAGAAGUAGAAGUUGCUGUGGAUAAGGGUGUCUGUUAAAUGCUGUAAAUGUAAGCAAUAUUGUGGCAAAUUAUUACACACAUUAAAUUAUCCCAAAUGCACAUGUGUAAUACAUAAAGGGGAUUACUGCAUUGGUGAUUUAUCUUUUUUUUUUUUUUUUUUUUCGUGUUUUAGGCCCAUAAUGCUCAAGUGGUUUCAUGCUGGAUUGACUAGCAAACACAGUAAACAGAAAAGUUGUAACCCUUCAUUAAACAACAACAAAAACACUAAAGUUACAAUUCUGUAAUCUGUAUUUUUGUGUAAUUCGUAUGUUAGUUGGACAAUGUCUGCUCAAUUUGUCACCUUUUAGCUUCUCCUAAAAAGACAUAUCAGGGAGAGAAAAAAAAGGACGAUAGAGUAAAUAAUACAGCCUGUUCAUGUUCAUUACACCCACGCCUGAGUCCAUAACACGACUGAUGGCGACUGAUGAGUCCAUAACAUGAAAACGGGCUAAAAGAUAUCAGCCCAAAUGGAGCUCAACUCUAAGUGGGCGUGUCACUCUGUAAUCACCUGACAAGACUGUCACUGAUGAGUCUGCAUGAAUCGACAGCACUGGGCUUGUUACAGUUAUUCCAGCACAUUGAUUCAUAUCAUUCUGUGUCUUUUCUCUUAUGGUGCUGUUGGACUCGGGUUUAAAAGAUUAUCCCAAAUAAUCCUCUUUAAAACAUGUGUUAACAGCGAAUAAGAUGAUGAUGAUGUGGAUGCUGAACAUGGAACCUUAUAUUGAUUCUUUUUUUUUUUUUUUUAAAGACGUGGGAGGAGAUUUUUUGUUCUUCUUUUUAGUCAUUUUUAGCAGCAUUUUUAGAAUGCCUUUAUAGCAUAGCAGUGUUGAUGUCUGGAUUCUGAUUGGUCAGAAGGUGUUGAUUAAUUUUCUCUCAUAGCAGUGCAACUGCCAGUAGUGCAAGUGCAGACCACAGGUUUAUAUUAAUGCCGCUGUUCUAACAGCGCAUAUAUGUCACGACACGGAAUGCGAGUAGGAUGCAAGUGCAGAUUUAAGUGAAAUAAAACAAAAGUACGAACACAGAUGAUUAAACACAUAGACUAUGGAAUCUAGGCAGAGAAAUGAGAAAUAAGGCAAACGUAAGACAACCAGUGUAGUGCAAACUGUGGCUAUAAAUACCCGUAAGUGCUCGUUAACAUGAAUGAAGUUCAGGUGCAGGAGGUCAUGUGACAUGAUGGCAUGGUGCAGUGGCUGCUGGGAACUGUCCAGAGUUCCUUCUCUGAUGUUACAUGACAAUAUACAAGGACUUGUACGGUGGGCACACCAUGUAAUAAUAUACAUAAUGAUAAGCAGUUUACAAAAUGUUAUUUUAAAAAAGAAAACCAUAUAAUCAUUCAUAUAAUGAUGUUUUCUGUUCAUUUAACAUUUAUGGAAGGCAGAGUCAGUGCUUUGUAACAAUCAGUGGUGUAAAUCUUUUUGUCUAAAAUAUAAUAGAGAGAAAAAGGAGAGGAAGAGAGGCUGGUUUUUCUAGCUGCCAUAAUGUAAGUCAAAACAGGAACUGACCUGUUUCCUGGACAUUCCACAGCACAAAUGAAUAAUUAUUUAUAAAUAAGGUGUGUCAUUCUUUAAGAAUUUUUUUUUUUUGUAGUAUUUUUUGGCAAAUUGGAAGUACAGGAAUAGGAAGAAUGAAACUCCAAGGGAUGUGCUGUUAUAGGAAAAUAAUCAACUUCAGGGUGUUAACAGUAAAUUCAUUGAUGUUUUAGUCAUUGCUGAUAUUAUAUUGUCUUGUAUGAUGUCUGACAAGUUUUGCUAAAUGUUUACAACUAUUAAACAUCUGAAGGUUAAAAGGUUACCUGUCAUUGUUCCUUUUUGGCCAUUAUGUGAGUGUUAAAUAAAAACGCCUAGCACUCCAGAGCACUUAGACUCUUGCGCUGAUAGUGUGAUGAUGAAGUGUGUGUGUGUGUGUGUGUGUGUGUUUUUUUUUAAUAGGUCAGAAGGAUGACAGUGUAUGAAGUGAAAGGCAGUCCGUUAAUACAGCAUAUGUACAUCCGGUUCUUAUUUGAUCUUCUUGGUUUUGGCAAAAGUUAUUUAGUCCUAUAAUAAAGCUAUGUAUACAUCAGCGCUGUUGAAUUCUCAAAUCUGAUUGGUCAGAAGGUGUUGAUUCAUUUUCUAUAGCAGAAGCUCUGUGUCAUAUAAACAGGGUGGAGACGGAUGUAAGUGCAGUUAAAAGCUUUAUUUAAAGAGAGAGGCAGACAAAUCCAAAUCAAUAAGCAAAAACGUAGUCAAGAACAAGUGUGGGUCGGGAGAACUACAAACAGGCAUAAACUAGGCGUAGACUAGAAACGAGGAAACUAGGGGCAGGAUCGAAAACAUAAAGCGAGGAACGAAGGUUUGGUAUGGCUCAGGCGGCAAACACUAACGCUCAAUACUUCAUCCAGAACGAAGACACACGGGGGUUUAAAUAUACAAACUAAUCAAAGGGCAUAACACAGAACAACUGAGACAUUAGGAAAGAACUAAUAACAUAACAGGGGCGGAGAUAGGACAGAAACCAAAAACAAACGCACGUGUCACAAGUAAACACAGUUAGUGAAAACCCGGAAGCGUGCUCUGUCGUUCUUCGGGAAGUUCAUGCAGUGCCGGAGCACUCAGCGCGAGGAGAAAUCCGUGACACUCUGACAGUAGUGUAUCUACAAACCGUUACUGUUUCUAUUGUAACAACUUACAUAUUAAUAAUUAAGGCUUUGAUGUCUUAUUAACUUCAGAGGGGAAAAAGACAGGCUUUGAUGUAAGGGAUAACAGGAACUAACUUGUUUCAUGGAUACUCCACAACGUAACUAUAAAUGGUAAAAAUAUGAUGUGUCAUUCUUGAAUAAAUGUAAAAAAUAAAUCAGUUUGUAGUUCUUGUAAAUUGUUUUGGUAUCGUCACGAUUGGAGGCGGAGACGGAUGCAAAUGCAGACUAGAUUGAAUAUAAAUACAAACGAAACACAAAACAGUAGCUAUAGAACUUGUGGCAAAAUACUAAGGGAAAAAAAUUAUCUCUAUUAUACAUCUGAGCAGUUGAGGGUUAAGGGCCUUGCUCAAGGGUCCAGCCGUGGCAGCUUGGCAGUGAUGGGGUUUGGGGUCAUGACCUUCCGAUCAGUAACCCAGUGUCUUAACCACUGAGCUACCACUGCUCAGUUGUAACAUGAAGGUGUGGUGCAGUGGCUGCUGGAAACUGUAGUCCAGCAUUCCUUCUCUGAUAUUACAUGACAGGUAUAAGAGGAAUAAAUUAUUUUGGGACAUGCUGUUAUGGGAAAAUAACUUUUGGGAGAUUAGUUCAUUUAGUAUAAUAGUAGAUAAUAAUUUAUUUUCAUUAAGUGCUUUAUCUUGGUCAAGGUCGUGGUGGAUCUGGAGCCUAUCCUAUGCAUAUGAUCGUAUGAGGUUAUUGUUAAUUUGUUGAAUUGUAAUGAUUGGUAAUCAUGAUCAUAUGAAACUGCAAAAUUUGAAAGAUCUUAAUGUAGGCGUCAAGGUGUUAAAGGAAAACAAUGGCAUUAUCUCAACAGCACACAUUGCCAAUGUUUGGAUUGUUGUUUGUUCAGAAGUUUAGAUCUGAAAGCUAUGAUGCGAUUUAGUCCCAGUGCUCUCACUUUGGUAUCCAUGCUGCAGGACCGUGAUUGUGUUUUGCGAUGUGAGAAAUUGAGCUUGCUUUGUGUAUUUGCAGAGGCGCUGCAGUGUUUAGCGUGGAGGAAUCCCGUCGGACUGUCUCCAUGCAGAUGACCAGUGAUGGCCACGUCGGCCGACCCCACAGAGGAGUAAAAAGAUGCACAUUACAUUAUUUUUCAUAUGCUUUUUAAAAAAUUCUCUUAUUAUUUUGUACAGGCAAAUUCCUGUGUUGAUUCCUCUGCCUUUGAUUGCUUGCAGAUCAGUUGAUGAAGUGGUGAGUGAGCACAUUUUUAACCCCCUGGAGAGGAUCGUCUUGACCUUCUUCCUGGCAUCUAUUAUCAUUAUGACUGUCCUUGGUAACCUACUGGUGAUGGUGGCUCUGUCAAGGGACAGGCAGCUGAGGAAGAAGAAGACCAACUACUUCAUUGUCUCCCUGGCGUUCGCAGACCUCCUGGUGGCUCUUUUAGUGAUGCCGUUUGCGGCGAUAGAGCUCACCACAGGCCACUGGAGUUACGGAGAGACAUUCUGCCUGGUGCGCACCUCGCUGGAUGUACUGCUCACCACUGCGUCCAUACUGCACCUGUGCUGCAUUGCCCUGGACAGGUACUAUGCAAUCUGCUGCCAGCCACUGGUCUACAGGAACAAGAUGACGCCUGUGAGAGUGUCUCUGAUGCUGGGGGGGUGUUGGGUUAUCCCCUUGUUCAUCUCCUUCCUCCCCAUCAUGCAGAACUGGAAUGCCAUUGGCAUUGAGGACAUUAUUGAGGAGAGGAAGCUCACCCAGGGCUUAAACAGGACAUCCUGCAUAUUCAUGGUGAACAGACCAUACGCUCUCAUCUGUUCAGCCGUGGCCUUCUACGUGCCUCUGGGCCUGAUGAUCCUCGCCUACCAGCGCAUCUAUGUGACAGCUAUGGAGCAUGCUCGGCAGAUCCGGAUACUGCGGCGUGCCGGAUCCACUCCCAUACCCUCUUACUACAGUCACGAACACCCCGGCUCCAGCCGCAUGAAGAUCGAGACCAAAGCGGCCAAGACGCUGGCAGUCAUUAUGGGCUGCUUCUGCCUGUGCUGGGCACCGUUCUUCAUCACUAACGUGCUGGACCCGUUCAUCCAGUACAGCGUGCCGUGGCAGAUGUGGACCACAUGGCUGUGGCUGGGAUACAUUAACUCGGGCUUAAACCCAUUCCUCUAUGCCUUUCUGAACCGGGCUUUUCGCAGAGCCUUCCUCAUGAUCCUGUGCUGUGGGGACAUGCGCUAUGCCCGCCAGGGGAGCUUUAGCCCGAGCAGAGCUUGCUCGGCAACUGUAAACGGAACAUCCAUUGCGCUCAGGUACAGUAAUUCCUCUCCUGAACACACUGUUCUUCCUGAAAUGAAAGAUUACCUUGUAUAUGAAAGCUUUAUCUUUUCUGGGUCUCUGGGGCCAUGUUUACGGGUCAAGUGCAGACAGAACCUGUGUUUUGUUAUGCAUAUUAAUCAUUUCGUUCCGAUGCUCGUUUCAGCUUCCCCUAUGGCACUGUAAACCGAUUGAAUGUCCUUUUAUCUCAGCUUUCUUCCACUGGUUUUCCAUCUCUAUCCACUGUAUCUCUAGUGCAUGUGUGAUUACCACGGACAAGAAUUUCAAGACGUUUGAAUUUGCAUUUGAAUUCAGUUUCAACACUCAGCCUGCACUGAGAAAUGACGAUAAAUAAAUAAAUAAAUAAACGUUUACUCCA